AUGGACGACGGGGAAGCUCCGCAAAGCAAUCCGCUUCAAAAUGGGGUUGCCCCUGCAAAACAAACACCGACUCAAGCUAAUACAACUGGAGAAAUGAGUAGACCAAAUAACCUUCAAAGAAUUGCACAUAAGAAGUCACUCGUACGGAGCUAUCCUCGGUCUAAAAAACUUGAAAAAUUAGCUGUAUAUUCUUCCUGCAAGACUGAAACUUGUAAGUGCAAUGGCUGGAAAAAUCCUAACCCUCCUCCAACACCUCCAAGAGUUGAUGUGUCUCAGCCACUGGCCAACAUGACAGACCCAUGCAGAAGUUGUACUCACACACUUGAUGCCCAUGUAUCUCACUUGGAGAUGACAGCUGAGGAGGAGCUGAACAGAUUGCUGCGUAUUGUUGUAGAUGUGGAAAAUCUCUUCAUGUGUGUUCACAAAGAGGAGGAUGCAGAAACAAAACAAGUUUACUUCUACCUGUUUAAGCUUUUGCGGAAAUGUAUACUGAACAUGAACAAUCCCACCAUAGAAGGACCACUGGGCAGCCCACCAUUUGAAAAACCAAGCAUAGCAAAGGGUGUGACAAACUUUGUAUUGUACAAGUUUGGUCAUCUAGCACAGCGAGAGUGGCAGACAAUGUACGACCUAGCAAAGAUGUUCCUACACUGUCUGAACCACUGGAAACUGGAGACACCCACAAGCAGACAGUCUCACGCAGGGUCUGAUGAUAUUGCCACAUACAAGGUCAACUAUACAAGAUGGUUAUGCUACUGCCAUGUACCGGCAUUCUGUGACACACUACCUCGGUACGAGACGACACUGAUAUUUGGCCGCACCCUGCUGCAGUCUGUCUUCCAGACAAUGAGAAGACAACUUUUGGAAAAGUUCCGGGCCGAGAAAGACAGGAUGCCGGUGGAGAAGAGAACCCUCGUGCUCACACAUUUCCCAAGGUUUUUGACACUGCUGGAGGAGGAGGUGUACGGGGAAAGCUCCCCCAUCUGGGACCUUGAAUUCUCACAGGCUAAUGCCAACCAUGCAGAUGCAUUAAACUCGACAAUAAAGUCCGAGAGUGCCACACCAAUAGCGCUACGGAGAUCUUCCAGAAACGAGGCAAUAGCAGAAUGUAAGCGAAAACUGGAGGAGGCUCCACCGCCCCCUGAAGAGGUGAAGAAGACAAAGAUUGACGGUGAUGUGCCUGGUGACCUUGUCAGUGAGAUUGUUGCAACCAUUGAUGAUCCGGAGGAAAUGGUCGGGCCUGAUUCAUCCCUAUUUCCGAGCCAUCAGUCCCGAGAUGAAGGUGCAAGGAACGAGGAGAAGAAAGGCGUUAUCGAGUUCCAUGUGAUAGGAAACUCCCUCAGUAGGAAACCAAGCAGACAGCUGCUCAUUUGGCUUAUAGGCAUGCAGAAUGUGUUCUCACAUCAGUUGCCACGGAUGCCAAAAGAAUAUAUCACCAGAUUGGUCUUUGAUCCGAAACACAAGUGUUUGGCCCUCGUGAAGGACAACAAUGUGAUAGGUGGGAUCUGUUUCCGAAUGUUUCCAUCUCAGGGGUUCACAGAGAUUGUCUUCUGUGCCGUCACAUCCAAUGAACAAGUCAAGGGUUAUGGGACUCAUAUGAUGAACCAUCUGAAGGACUACCACAUCAAGCACAGUAUGCUGCAUUUCCUCACUUUUGCUGAUGAGUUUGCCAUUGGAUACUUCAAGAAACAGGGGUUCUCGAAGGAGAUAAAGCUUCCAAAAUCAGCAUACCUGGGUUACAUCAAGGAUUAUGAGGGAGCCACGCUGAUGGGCUGUGAACUCAACCCUAGGAUCUGCUACACAGAGUUCUCCAAAAUCAUCAGAAAGCAGAAAGAGAUAGUGAAACGUAUCAUAGAGCAGAAACAGAGUGUAUUUCAGAAGGUGUACCCGGGGCUCACUUGCUUCAAGGAGGGGGUCAGGCAGAUCCCUAUAGAGAGCAUACCCGGGCUUACUGACAGUGGCUGGAGACCCGCACCAGACACAGUGAAGGAGCCAGUGAUGGACUCUGAAGAGCUUAACAACAUAUUCAAGACAAUCCUCCAGCACUGCAAAACGCAUGCGAGUGCUUGGCCAUUCUUGAAGCCUGUGGAGAAAUUGGAAGCUCCAGACUAUUACGAACACAUCAGAUUUCCCAUGGAUUUGAAAACAAUGUCUGAAAAGUUGAAGAACAGAUACUACAUCCACAAGAGGCUGUUCAUCGGCGAUAUGACCCGCAUCUUUACAAACUGUCGCUCCUACAACAAGCCGGACACGGAGUAUUACCGCUGUGCCAACGUCAUGGAGAGAUUCUUCAAGAGUAAGCUGAAGGAAGCCAAUCUGAUAGAACAGACCAAACCUGUUCCUGAGGGGGGAGAAUGAAAUUAUGAUUCUACUGUAGAUGGUGAACAUUUUGUGAGAACCUAGUUUUCACGAUUUUUUGCGUAUCAAGCAGCUCUUGGAAGUUAGUGAAAUAUUGGAAUACCCCGGUAACCAUUUCUUGUGUAUGAUUUUAACACAUACAGAUUUGAAUUCUUGCAACACGGAUUUAAAACCAAGAAAAAAUCGUGAAAAGGACCUUAUGAAUGAUGACAAAUCUACUGUAGUGUACCUUAACAUGUGGGCUAGAUGUUGCAAUAUUGGUGAAUGGGACACAAUGUGUACUGGAACAUUAGAGUUUGAUACUCGUGUAUUAUGAGCUUGGUACUGUCAAAGUUUAGAGUGAAUCUCUGCUGUGGGUAAAGAUAUGACUGGUCGUGGUUUUUGUACACGGAAUAAAUAAUAUUCUAUCACAAAA